AUGCUCAGAAACCGUUUGCUCAACAUAUACAGACAUCUAAGACCAAUGUCAACGGAAGCAUCUGCCAAGUACUUCCCCAAGAAAGUGGGAAUUGCACAAAAUGACAAGAGCUUGAAGCUCAAUCACACAUGUUUGAGGGUCAAGGACCCCAACGUGAGUGUUGCGUUUUACGAGGAGAAAUUUGGAAUGAAACUCAUGGAGCACAAGAAAUUCCCGGAGAUGAAGUUUGACUUGUACUUCUUAUCGUUCCCCAACAAGAAGUUUGAUACGAAUGCACAAGGCGGCGCGAACGUCUUCAAAGAGAACGGUAUUCUAGAAUUGACUCACAAUUACGGUACCGAGUCAGAUCCUGAAUACAAGAUCAACAAUGGUAACGAGGAGCCACACCGUGGGUUUGGCCACAUCUGUUUCAGCGUUCCCAAGAUCGAAGCCGAAUGCGAGAGACUAGAAUCGCUAGGGGUGAAGUUCAAGAAGAGAUUGACAGACGGGAGACAAAAGGACAUUGCGUUUGCCUUGGACCCUGACGGAUACUGGAUCGAACUUAUCCAAAAUGACCAGACGGGUGAAGGAUGCAACUACAAGUUCAACCACUCGAUGAUCCGUGUGAAGGACGCUGCCAAGUCGCUAGAAUUCUACCAGAACGUUCUUGGCAUGAAGCUACUGGACGUGAGCGAGCACGCGAACGCCAAGUUCACGCUCUACUUCUUGGGCUACGAAAACGGACAAGAGGGCAUCGCGCGCAGAUCUAGGGAAAGUAUCCUUGAGUUGACCCACAACUGGGGCACGGAAAACGACCCGGACUUUGCGUACCACAAUGGGAACGCCCAGCCUCAGGGCUACGGCCACAUAUGCAUAUCGAACGACGAUCCUGCUGCUCUAUGUGCGGAAAUCGAGUCGUUGUACCCGGACCUCCAAUGGGCUCCAAAGUUCAACAAGGGCAAGAUGGCCAACAUUGCCUUCAUCAAGGACCCUGACGGAUACUCCAUCGAGGUAGUGCCAAGCCUCUUGGAGGUGUAA